GACGCGUCAUCUUGCAUAGUACGUGCAUUACCCUCGCGCUCUCUUCUACAAGCCGCUCGCUUCGACUAGCUUUCGCCAUGGAUGAGAUAGGCAUUGAGAUACAAAAGGAGGAACCGACGUUUGGGUCGGUGGUCACGGAAAAGACUUCCCUCCUGCAGGAGUUACAGGAGGAAGAUCUGUAUGUCAAAUACAAGAAGCUUGCCAGGCACCUCGAGAUGCUUGAGAUUCAAGAGAGCUACAUUAAGGACGAGCAGGCGAAUCUCAAACGCGAACUCAUCCGCGCACAAGAGGAGGUGAAAAGGAUCCAGUCCGUGCCUCUGGUCAUUGGGCAGUUCUUGGAGCCAAUAGACAAAAACACCGGCAUUGUGGGAUCCACGACUGGCUCCAACUACGUUGUGCGAAUACUGUCUACCCUCGACCAUGAGCUUUUGAAGCCUUCUUCGUCCGUUGCCCUCCACCGGCAUUCCAAUGCACUUGUCGACAUUCUCCCACCGGAGGCAGAUUCUUCCAUCAGCAUGCUGGGUCAGGAAGAGAAGCCCGACGUUGCAUACCAAGACGUCGGCGGCAUGGACGCGCAAAAGCAGGAGAUUAGGGAGGCUGUCGAGUUGCCAUUAACCCAUUUCGAUUUGUAUAAGAAGAUCGGAAUUGACCCUCCCCGGGGUGUCUUGUUGUAUGGCCCGCCAGGUACCGGAAAGACGAUGUUAGUGAAAGCCGUCGCACACCACACAACAGCCGCGUUUAUCCGAGUCGUGGGUUCCGAGUUCGUGCAGAAAUACCUCGGUGAAGGGCCGCGUAUGGUCCGAGAUGUGUUCCGUCUCGCUAGGGAGAACCAGCCGGCGAUCAUCUUCAUAGACGAGAUUGACGCCAUCGCCACCAAACGUUUCGAUGCGCAAACUGGCGCUGAUCGGGAGGUCCAGCGUAUUCUGCUUGAGCUGCUCAAUCAGAUGGACGGUUUCGAUCAGGGCAGUAAUGUGAAGGUUAUCAUGGCUACAAAUCGUGCGGAUACUCUGGAUCCUGCUCUUCUCCGUCCAGGACGCUUGGACCGCAAGAUUGAAUUCCCUUUACCGUCUCGCCGAGAACGUCGACUUAUAUUCCAAACUUGCACCAGCAAGAUGAACUUAGGGCCGGAUGUUGACUUGGAAGACUACGUCUCGCGACCAGAUCGACUGUCUUCGGCUGAAAUUGCUUCAAUAUGUCAGGCUGCUGGAUUGCAAGCUGUGCGGAAGAACCGUUACGUCAUUUUGCCGGGGGACUUCGAGGAGGCGUGGAAGCAAACAGUUCGCAGAGGAGACGAGACACACGAGUUCUACCGGUGAAGUUGUCUGGCCCGCUACUUUUUUGCUCGCAUUUGUACAAUACUCUCGCAAUAUUACCUGUUCAUCGUCCUGCUGCCUGAAGUCGGAUUCCACUGCUACAACGCUCUCUCUCACUUUGACGUCUCGCUGCACUGUCUACGGCGUUGCGUUCAUUCUUCAGAGCAAGAUGGACAUGUCCUUCAUUUUUGCCUACUUCUGCACUUCGCUUGAGACGAGAUGACCUUCACAGGGACCCUCGAUGGAGAAGGAGGUUCACAGAGGGACGACAAUCUCAGUGAAGAUAUUCGGG